AAGUGAAACAUUCUUCUGUAAAGCACGCAGCGUAGAGGGUCACAUUGAACAUCUUUAAAUGUUUUGUAAUAUUAUAUUGACUCAGAUUUGUUAAUUAAUACCUUUCAGACAUUAUCAGCAGUUUAAAUGGAGUCGGCUAAAGCAGAGGAGCCUCAUUUGAGACAUGUGGAGACAGACGUGCUCAUCCCGAAGAUGAUGCGUGAGAAGGCCAGAGAGAGAUGCAUCCAGAACGUUGAUGCAUUCAACACCUGCUGCAAAGACGCUGGAUUCUUCAUGGUGUUCAAAUGUCGUGACGAAAACGCCGCGCUAAAAGACUGCGUGACGCGACACUACAAGGAUCCGGCGUUAUUUGAGGAGUGUAAACAGGAGUAUAUUAAAGAGAAACUGGAAUAUAUGCAGACUGGGAUUCCAGCAAAGAACAGGAAACAGAAGCUGCCCACCAGCAUGUAGACGAUCAGGACAGCGAUGUACAACAGGAAGUUGUGCUGCUCUCGACGGAUGAAAGUCCUUCUGGCCGAUUGACAACCGCUCUCCGUAUCUGUUUAUCUUCAUGAUUAGCUCGUAUAAAUCAUCACAGGCACAUAAACAUAAUCAAAAUUCAUAGAGAUGUGCGUUUGGUUCCACCCGUCCCGACUCCGGGGAAUUACUGCCACAUAAUGUAAAAACAAAUGAUGUUUGCAUUUUGUUUUAAAAUACUAUUGCAAAGUUAUUCCACAUGUUUAAUGAUUUUGUGUGUAUAAAUAAAUGCAUAAAUUCAACAAAAUGUGUAUUAUUAUUAUUAGUGUAUAUGUAAUAUUACUAUAUAUGAUGGACACAUAUAUGUGUACAUAAUUACAUUAAUUGUUAAAGAUGUUACAUUGCGUAAACAAGUAGUGAAGGAGCAUAAAAUCAUAAUAUCAU